CCAGAUUGUUCUCCCUCGAGGAAGAUAAUUUUAUAUCUAUGCAACGCUGCCUCAAUCCGGUAGAUGGCACUGUAACGCCGCUGAUCCGAGAUCCUUUCGUCCUAUGACCUUGCUUUGGUUUACAGUUGUUUAUGUAGCGAGCGUGAUCAUAUCCACGCAGGCAGUUCGCAUCGAUACACACAAGUGACACAGACCGACAAGAGGACCAGUUUAACCCCAGUAUACGCCAAUCUGCAUUGACCUCAAGCUUAAAGUUAAAGGACACACAAAGCAAAGAGGAACAGAGGGAUUGUUAUUGGCAUUGCUCUGAAAUACUCAUGUUCCAUGGGCAGCAGCAUUAGUGGAUUGUUCAGUGCCCUGUCUAAGACCAUCAGCAGCCCAGCACUCCCCCAGCCGUGUGAUUCUGGAUACAGUCCCAAUAGCGACCUGGAUCUGGUUCAGGACCCGGUGGACCCUUUGGAGCUGUUGCAGGAAUGUAGAGAGGUUCUGAGAAACAGGCCAGCCCGACUGAACAGAACUUUCGUUCAGACCGGGCAUGGAGACCCCAGGCAGAUGACGAUCAGGGUUAUGCAGUGGAACGUACUAGCACAAGCCCUUGGUGAAGGCAUGGACAGUUUUGUCAAGUGCCCUUUGGAUGCUUUGAACUGGCCUGAAAGGAAGUAUUUGAUCCUUGAAGAGAUCCUGACCUACAGACCUGACAUCGUUUGUCUGCAGGAAGUCGAUCACUACUUUGACAUGUUUCAGCCCAUUCUUUCCAGUUUAGGCUACCAGUGCAGUUUCUGCCCCAAACCGUGGUCCCCAUGUCUGGAUGUGAAAAACAACAACGGCCCUGACGGCUGUGCCUUGUUUUUUAAUCACAAACGCUUCCAGUUGAUAAACACGACAAACUUACGACUGUCUGCCAUGAUGCUAAAAACCAAUCAGGUAGCGAUCAUUGCUACUUUGCGUUGCCAGGCAACAGGACGGGCAUUCUGCGUUGCUGUAACGCAUCUGAAGGCAAGGAGCGGUUGGGAGGUCGUACGUAGCGCGCAGGGUUCGGAUCUGCUGCGGAACCUGAGGAACGUCGCGCAGAAAGUAGAGACGGACGCAAGUGCCGAUUCCGACAUUCCUCUGAUAGUAUGUGGUGAUUUUAACGCAGAGCCAACGGAGGAUGUCUACAGGAAUUUCGCAACAUCGAGUCUUGGACUGGACAGUGCGUACAAGCGUCUGAGCACGGAUGGAAAAACAGAGCCACCUUACACAACGUGGAAGAUCCGGACCAGUGGGGAAAGCUGUGACACGCUGGAUUACGUGUGGUAUUCCCACAGAGCAUUUCAUGUUAAUGCGCUUCUGGACUUUCCUACAGCAGAACAAAUCGGACCAAACAGGCUGCCUUCUUAUAACUACCCAUCAGAUCACCUUUCUCUUGUCUGUGACCUCAGCUUUAAGGAUGUGACACCUGUUUCAUAACACGUAGACUCACUAAAUGUUGUGCAAGACAUUUACCAAGUUGCCGUUUGGCAUAACAUGUUGUUUCCUGAAUAAGUGCAGUCAUUGCAUCCUUAAAGAGACAGUACACAUGUUGUUUUCAACCCAUUCUGUAGAUUAUUCAAAUUGUUUACUUUGUUACAUAAAAUGGAAAAUAAUGAUAACAGUAUUUUUAUUUGGUGAAAUAUUUCUGUUGCUAUUGUGUGUUCCUGACUUUAAAAAAAGUCAAAGAAUUCAUCUUGCAAAUAUUUUUGGUUUAUGUUGGUAAAGCUUGUAUACAAUAUAUCAAGCAAAUGUAUUGUAUUUCGGUUGCAAGGUGUUGAAAAUAAAGUCAAGGACAGUGUCAAAAUAACAAAAACAGUUUGUCUUUCAUGGACUUGUCAGAAAUGUAUAAAUCAUUGCCUUCACGCUCAUAUGUAACAUGCUCAGAAUAGCUUCACAAGAGUCUGUUGGUCAGCUACAAGACGACCACUUAGAAAUGGCAUAUCAAAAGUUGGGUACCUGUCACCUGAGCUUUAAAUCAUAUAUAAACUUAAUAUUUGGGAGAAUUGUAAAGGACAUUUUGUUUAAGUAACCACACUGCUACUCUGUGGCAGAACGUAUUACUGCAGGUGCAUUAUAAGAUACUCAAAUACACGUUUAUUUCUUUAGUAAAGUGGUUCUUAAACUUUUUAGGUACAGUCAGUGCAUCCCUUCAUGGCCCAAAAUGUAAAUUAAACAAAAAAUAUUAAAUUAUACAGUGUAGUGCUGUUGGUUAGCAGCCUUAUUUUACUGAGGUUUAAUUACACAGACUUCAUAAUAAAUUAAUUUAUAAAAAAAUUAAACUGGGGCCCUCUGGCACCAUCUUAUGGCCCCCAGUUUUAGAAUCACUGCUUUACUGCCAU